AUGCAGGCAGGGGAGCUCAAGUUUCUUGCGCCCGCCGCUGGUCUUGCCCCCUCGCGCCUCAGCCCACCGGAUCUCCCACGGAUCAAAAAGCGGUCCAACGCGUGUGAAGCUUGCAAGAGAAGAAAGACCAAAUGUCAAGGCACCCAGCCAUGUGAGAAAUGCAUCCAGGCCGGAACGCAAUGCAUCUUUGCCGAGGAGCUCGACAGGCGGAAGAAGCUGGCCCUGAGGCAGGCGAAACAGGAGCUGCAUACGGCCUAUGACCUACUGGAUCAGAUGGUCGCCGCCUUGGACCACUGCGACAGCGCCGAACUGGACCGGCUCUCCAGCAUGGUCAAAGAGGGCUACCCUCGCAGAGAGGCCAUGACGUCGGUGGAGCAGAAGGGCCUCUCAGCAGCGUCGCGGGCGGCGUCUCAAUCCUCCGCAUCUUCCUCGUCGGCUGGCUCGCUGCACGAUAUCGCUACCCUGAAUGAAGACAUCAACCGGGACGAGCGCAGCAGGGCAACCGGCUACAUUGGGAAGGGCUCCGAGAUCGCCUGGCUGCAGAAGCUCAACGAGGAAGUCAGUAAACUCAGUUACCCGACCGAGUCCCCACUGCGGGCGGCAUCUGCCGACGUGGAUGUCAACUCCCUCAGUUAUCAUCUCGAUCAUUUGAGCUUUUUGGAACUGGCUCCGGGAGACCCGCAAAUCCUCCCGCCCCGUGCGCGCAGCGACCAGCUCAUUGGCAUCUACUUUCAGAAUGUCGAUCCCUCAUUUCCACUGCUGAACAAAACCCUCUUUUUGUCGCAGUAUCGCUAUGUCUUCAGCAAGUCGGAGACCCCGCGCAAGAAGUGGCUUACGAUCCUGAACUUGAUCUACGCUAUCGGCGCCAAGUAUGUACAGUUAUGCGAGAGAGUGUGGACGGAUGCUGUCGAUGAUCGUACUUUCCUGGCUAGAGCUUUGGCUCUAAAUGCCGACCAAAGCCUGCUUGGAGAGCAUGCGGACCUCCAGCAGGUGCAAAUAUGGGUGCUCUAUGCCAUCUACCACCUGGCUUCCGCCCAAAUCAACCGAGCGUGGCAUAUGGCAGGAUGGGCUGCCCGUUGUGCCAUAGCGCUGGGGCUUAAUCUUCGGGGAGUUAGUCCAAAUGUAGACGCGACUUCAAGGGAAUCCCGCACUCGCCUCUGGUGGUCACUCUUCAAUCUAGAGCAACUGCUUUCCGUGAUGACGGGCCGUACUUCAUGCCUUGACUGGCGAUCAUCCAGUAUCCCAGCUCCUUUUCCAUUCGAUGAACAGCAUUUCCAGGACCCCCAAGUAGCGAUGUUUCUGGCGGACCUCUUGUUGCGGGAAAAAAGGUAUGCUUUCACCGUCCACACCCCCAGGUCUUCGAUCGGGACUAGAAAUCAAACACUCCAAACGAUCGAACCGAGUCGUUCUUUGUACUUCUUUCACUUGACGGACCUUGCCAUGAUCAGUCAUGUCGCAGUCAAAUCGGUCUAUAGUCUGCAAUCCUGCGCUGGCAUCCCAAAGGGUUCCCGUGAGAACAUCACUCAGUACCAACAAAUGCUGAAAGACUGGCUGGCGAGUCUGCAAAGCUAUUUCAGAUUCACUGGCAGUAACGGUCGACCAAUGGUGACCGAACCGUGCCAAGAGCGGGUAACGCUGGCUCUCGCGUUCUAUAGCUUCCAGAUCAUCCUGACUCGGCCGUACCUCACCCGCCCCGAUGUCAAGGAAGGCACUAGGGUCCGGUAUCCUCGAUCUCCCUUCGGCGACGCGACAUCUCUUAUCUGCCUCCAGUCCGCAAUGGACUUGGUAUCCAUCUUUCCCGACCGUCCCGAUGUGAAGUGGUUGUGCGAGAUGACCCCCUGGUGGGCCGUCCUGCACUACAUCAUGCAAGCGCUCAUCAUCCUGCUCAUCCAGCUGUGCGUCGGUCCCGUGGGUGUGCUCAAGGGGGACAAGGUCGAGGGAGGUCAGGGUGCCGUAGGCACCACCGAGGAGCCCGAGGCCAUCCUCGAGGUCUCGAAAAAAUGCCUGCGCUGGCUGCACGCCAUCGGAAGCCGCAGCCCCAGCUCCCGCCGCGCCUUCAUCACCUGCGAACGUCUUCUGCGCCGCAUCGCAACGAUCCACGGCUUCAAUCCGGACGGCAUCCCUCAGGCCUCCACUCUGGCCGACCGCACCGCUCAGAUCGGCGUGGAGCACUACUACGCCCGGCAUGACCACCUCCAGCAGCCGGAUCCCGCUCAUGGCGACCAGAUGCGUGAGACUUGGUGGGGCGCGGACUUCACCUACUCCGAACCCGAUACCGAGGAGCAGAUGUUCCUGCCCUUCAGUCUGGAUCCGACUUUGCUCGAGUUCCUGGAGAAUGCGAUUGAGUGAUCUGGUGUUUGAUAGCAGCUGGUGCUAUUUCGAUAUUAUUUUGUUUGUUCUUGGGCUCUUCAUGGGAAAUUUACUGCUCGAUAUCCGGGGCGUUCUUUCCAGACUGUUAUUACCCAUCGGUCUCUUCUAUGCUUGACAGUAUGGAUUCGAGUUUGAUGACUAGGCAAGCAGGUUCUUGCUGCUUGUGUGCAAUGGUCUGUUUUACUGUGCUGUUCUUGGGAAGUGUGGCUAUCUAAUGAUACCCUAAUAAUCAAAAGUCGUAGCUAGUCUCAAUAGGAAC